AUGGAGCCUGUAGUGCUCGUUCUGUUGUUUGUUUUGGUUUCAGGGCUUAAUAAUCUCGUCAUCUGUGAGAGGCCUGCUGUUGUCAACAUUGGUGCUGUUUUAACUUAUGAUUCGUUCAUCGGUGGUGUCGCGAAGGCCGCAAUCGAAGCUGCUGUGGCUGAUGUCAAUUUAAAUAGGAGUGUUCUUGGAGGAACCCGACUGAACCUGAUUAUGGAGAACUCAAAUUGUAGUGUUUUCUUUGGAUCCCUUGGAGCUUUUAGUGUUCUUGAGAAGCAAGCAAUUGCAUUAAUUGGGCCACAAUCCUCUGCAGUAGCUCAUAUGAUCUCAUCCAUAUCUAAUGGACUGCAAAUACCACUCAUAUCCUUUGCUGCCACAGAUCCAACUCUCUCUUCUCUUGAAUUUCCUUUCUUUCUUCGCAUGACACAUAGUGAUUCUUACCAGAUGGCUGCCGUGGCAGAUGUAGUAGAUUACUAUGGGUGGAGACAGGUCAUUGCAAUUUUUGUGGAUGAUGAUUAUGGAAGAAAUGGAAUAUACUAUCUAGAUGAUGAACUUGCAAAGAAAAUGUCAAAGAUUUACAAAAUUGCUCUGCCAGUCAAAGCUACCCGCGUUAAGGUUCUGGAUGUGCUGCAAAAAUCCAGAAUGAUUGGACCACGAGUUUAUGUUGUACAUGUUACUCCAGACUCUGGACUCGAGAUUUUCUCUGCAGCUCGAGAUCUUCAAAUGUUGACGGAAGAAUAUGUGUGGCUGGCAACUGACUGGUUUUCUACCACUCUAGAUACAUCUGAAUCAUUUGGCCGCAACUCGCUUGGUUAUCUACAAGGAGUAGUAGGUUUUCGUCAGUAUGUUCCACAAUCAAAUGAAAAAGAUGCUUUCGCAUCUAGAUGGAAUGUACUGCACAAAGAAGGGUUGGUUUUCAAUCUAAAUACAUAUGGGUUUUAUGCAUAUGAUACAGUCUGGGCAGUUGCUCUUGCCAUCAAUGACUUCCUUAAUGAAUCUGGAAAUAUAACUUUUUCUUCUAACAGUAAGCUUCCAACUUCAAAAGGAAAGAUGCAACUGGGAAAGCUUAAAACCUUUGAUGGUGGUUCCCUGUUACAUAAGAAAUUAUUAAGCUUGAAGUUUACUGGCUUAUCUGGUCCAAUUCAAUUUGAUAGUGAUAACAACCUCAUCAAUAAUAUUUAUGAAAUCAUUAAUGUUAAUGGUUCAAUGGUCCAUACAGUUGGAUACUGGUCUAAUUAUUCAGGUCUCUCCAUUUCUGUACAUGAAAGUUUUCAUGGAAAUGGACAGAGAAAUUUAAGUUUCAAUCAGGUUCUUGGCAGAGUUGUGUGGCCUGGUGGAAAGACAGAAAAGCCACGUGGGUGGGUUGUUGCGAAUAAUGAGAAGCCAAUGAGAAUUGGAGUUCCUUACAGAGCGAGUUAUCUUGAAUUUGUGACAGUAACGAACAAAAGCAAUAUGGUAAACGUCAGUGGCUAUUGCAUUGAUGUAUUCAAGGCCAUAAUUAACAUAAUUCCUUAUGAUGUUUUAUAUCAAUAUGUGCUUUUUGGCAAUGGUCUCUCCAAUCCAAAUUAUGAUGAGCUUGUGAACAUGGUUGCAGAAGAUGUCAUUGAUGCAGCCAUCGGGGAUAUUGCCAUAGUUACAAAUCGGACUAAAAUAGUGGAUUUCACCCAGCCUUAUAUCUCUACUGGCCUUGUAAUACUGGCACCUAUUAAAAGUAUCAAGUCAAAUGCUUGGGUUUUUCUCAGGCCUUUUACUGUUGGAAUGUGGUGCAUGACUGGAGCAUUUUUCUUCUUAAUUGGGGUGGUUAUCUGGCUGCUUGAGCAUCGGGUAAAUAGUGCUUUUCGAGGUCCACCCAAGCGGCAGUGCAUAACUAUGUUCCUGUUUAGUUUCUCAACACCUUUCCAGUCACAGCAAGAAGAUACUUUGAGCACACUUGGGCGAAUUGUGAUGAUGGUGUGGCUAUUUCUGCUGAUGGUGAUAACAUCAAGCUACACUGCAAGCUUGACAUCUUUUCUUACUGUCCAACAGCUUUCAUCUCCAAUAAAAGGGAUUGAUAGCUUGAUAGCUAGUAAUGAGCCUAUUGGUUAUCAAGUAGGAUCUUUUGCUCAGAGCUAUUUGUUAUACGGUCUUAAUGUACACCAAUCGAGGCUUGUUUCUCUUGGUUCUCCUGAAGCUUAUGAAGAAGCACUACGACGUGGACCCCAAAAUGGAGGUGUGGCAGCAAUUGUAGAUGAGCUUCCCUAUGUUGAAAUGUUUCUGUCAAAAAGAAGUGGGUUUGGCAUUGUCGGGCAGCCAUUCACCAGGAGUGGAUGGGGAUUUGCAUUUCCAAGAGAUUCUCCCCUUGUGGUUGACAUGUCAAGUGCUAUACUAAACCUUUCAGAGAAAGGAGAACUCCAGAAACUUCAUAAAAAGUGGUUUUGCAAGACAAAUUGUGUUACUCAGACAAGCAUAAGUUCUGAUCCUAACCAGCUUCAUGUAAGCAGUUUUUGGGGACUAUUUUUGGUUUGUGGGACCGCUACCCUUAUUUCUCUUCUGCUAUUUCUUAUAAGGGCAAUCCGCCAGUUCAUUCAGUUCAACAAGAAGCAAAGAGAUCCUGCAUCUUCUUAUGGACAGUCAAGCAAGGGCUGUUCUCACUCCAUUUAUAGCUUCUUCAGUUUCAUUGAUGAGAAAGAAGAAGUGAUAAAGAAUAUGUUUAAGAAGCAACAGAACUCUUCUCAGCCUCAGAUAUAGCUGAUUGCUGGUACUAUUUGUUUCAUUAUUUUCUGAAUAACAAUCAAUUUGUACUAAUUAACAAGAUAUAGAACAUAGUGCUUGUCUUUAAUGGUAGUCAUGUUGCAAAGUCAUGCCCUCCAUCUGUAUAUGGUGCUAUCAAAAAGCAUAUAAUAUAUCACCUGUUCGGUCA